AGCUCGGCCGCCGCAUGGCUACUGUGUAAACUUUGCUCAACAACAACAAGUGGAGAGUGUAGGAUAAACGAAGAGGCGCACAGGCUCGGAGAACCUGAGGGACGUACUAGGAAGGUCUAUGAAUCGGGAACCUGCGCUCCACUGACCAAAUCGUUGCUCCCCACUCGUGCAUGUUUAAACCAGAGGAGAGCUCUGGUGCCGUGUGUCGGCCAGACGAUUAGUACAAACGAGUGGCAACAGCAGUCCGGAGGCAUGAUUUUGAGACGGGGCUCGGUGGUUGCUGCCUUUUUACUCUGCUUUCUCGCGAAGGUGUCAGAGGGAUCCGGACAAUUCGAGUUACAAAUCUUAUCGAUGCGCAAUGCGAACGGAGAGCUGCUGAGCGGCGUGUGCUGCGACGGCGCACGGAGCGGCGCGGAUAGAAAGUGCACACGGGACGAGUGCAAUACGUUUUUUAAAGUUUGCCUAAAGGAAUACCAGUCCAGAGUUUCCGCUGCAGGGCCCUGCAGCUUCGGAAUGGGAUCUACGCCUGUCCUGGGAGGGAAUACCUUUUCUUUCAAGAGCUCUGUCAGGACUGACAAAUCCAGGAUAGUUUUGCCCUUCAGUUUUGCCUGGCCGAGGUCCUACACUUUGAUAGUGGAAGCCUUGGACUUCAACAAUGAAACCAGUGGUGUAGAUGGGAGGUUGAUAGAAAAAGCCUCUCAUUCUGGCAUGAUCAACCCCAGCCCGCAAUGGCAGAAGCUGACGCACAACGGCCCCGUAGCCCAGUUUGAAUACCAGAUCCGGGUCAGCUGCGACGAGCACUAUUACGGUUUCGGCUGCAACAAGUUUUGUCGGCCCAGAGACGAGUUCUUCGGGCAUUAUACGUGUGACAACAAUGGAAACAAAACCUGCCUGGAAGGCUGGUCUGGACCUGACUGCAACACAGCUAUAUGUCGACAGGGCUGCAGCACUGAGCAUGGAUCAUGUAAGGAACCAGGUGGAUGCAAGUGUCUGUAUGGCUGGCAGGGUCAGUACUGCGACAAGUGCAUCCCCCACCCCGGCUGUGUGCACGGCACCUGUAAAGAGCCGUGGCAGUGCCUUUGUGACAUCAACUGGGGCGGUCACCUUUGUGAUAAAGACCUGAACUACUGUGGCACUCACCAGCCGUGCCUGAAUAGAGGGACGUGUAUCAACACAGGACCUGAUAAGUACCAGUGUACCUGCGCGGAGGGUUACUCUGGAGCCAACUGUGAGAGAGCCGAACACGCCUGUCUCUCCAAUCCAUGUUCGAAUGGAGGGAGCUGCUCAGAAACCAGUCAAGGCUACGAAUGUCAGUGCGCACCAGGCUGGACCGGCCCCUCCUGCACGAUCAAUGUUGACGACUGCCUUCCCAACCCCUGCAACCAUGGCGGUACCUGCCAGGAUCUGGUUAACGGCUACAAGUGCCACUGUCCUUCGCAGUGGACGGGGAAGACUUGUCUAAUAGAUGCCAACGAAUGUGACAGCAAGCCUUGCGUCAAUGCCAACUCGUGCCGCAACCUGAUUGGUGGAUACUUCUGCGAGUGCCUCCCUGGUUGGACGGGUCAGAACUGUGACAUCAAUAUAAACGACUGCAAGGACCAGUGCCAGAAUGGGGGAACUUGUAAGGACUUGGUAAACGGCUAUCGGUGCACGUGCCCGCCUGGGUUCGCUGGCGAGCACUGCGAGAGGGACAUCGACGAGUGCGCGAGCUCGCCGUGUCUGAACGGCGGCCGCUGCCAGGACGAAGUGAACGGAUUUCAGUGCCUGUGUCUGACUGGCUUCUCAGGAAAUCUCUGCCAGCUGGAUAUUGAUUACUGCUUGCCCAACCCGUGUCAGAACGGAGCAGGCUGCUUCAACCUGGCCACAGACUACUACUGCGCCUGCCCAGAGGACUACGAGGGCAAAAACUGUUCUCACCUUAAGGACCACUGUCGCACCACCACGUGCAAAGUGAUUGAUAGCUGCACGGUUGCCGUGGCAUCCAACAGCACACCAGGAGGAGAGCGUUACAUCUCAUCAAACGUUUGUGGACCUCACGGUCGCUGUCAAAGUCAGGCCGGGGGCCAGUUCAGCUGCGAGUGCCAAGAGGGUUUCAGAGGCACCUACUGCCACGAGAACAUCAAUGAUUGUGAGAGUAACCCGUGCCGCAACGGGGGCACGUGUAUUGACAAAGUCAGCGUGUACCAGUGCAUCUGCGGUGACGGCUGGGAAGGCGACCACUGCGAGAUCAACAUAGAUGACUGCAGCACCAACCCCUGUCAUAAUGGAGGGACAUGUCGAGACCUGGUGACGGACUUCUUCUGCGAAUGCAAAAAUGGCUGGAAGGGAAAGACUUGCCACUCCCGCGAGAGUCAGUGCGAUGAAGCCACAUGCAACAACGGAGGCACCUGCUAUGAUGAGGGUGACACAUUCCAGUGCAAGUGUUCCCCGGGGUGGGAGGGAACGACGUGCAACAUAGCCAAAAACUCGAGCUGCCUUCCAAACCCGUGUGAGAAUGGAGGUACCUGCGUGGUGACAGGGGAUUCGUUCACCUGCGUCUGCAAGGAAGGCUGGGAGGGUCCCACAUGCACCCAAAAUACCAACGACUGCAGUCCACACCCAUGCUACAACAGUGGAACUUGUGUCGAUGGGGAUAACUGGUACCGCUGCGAGUGCGCCCCAGGCUUCGCUGGCCCAGACUGUCGGAUCAAUAUUAAUGAGUGCCAGUCCUCUCCAUGUGCCUUGGGCUCCACCUGCGUGGAUGAGAUCAAUGGAUAUCGCUGCCUAUGCCCACCAGACAGGACUGGAUCCCACUGCCAAGAAGUUACAAGAAAGCCUUGCUCCGUUAAUGGACACGUCACCCCUGAUGGAAUGAAAUGGGAUGAAGACUGCAACACUUGCCACUGUUCCAAUGGGAAAGUUGUAUGCACAAAGAUGUGGUGUGGCCCGAUGUCAUGCAAACUGGGUGCCAAGGGCCGAGGCGAGUGCCCUUCAGGCCAGAGCUGCAUCCCCCUCAGGGAGGGCCACUGCUUUGUGAAGCCCUGCAUUGAGCUGGGAGAGUGCUGGCACUCCGACCCUCCCCAGCCCCCCACCAAAUGCCACCCCAGCUCCACUUACCAGGACAACAGCUGCGCCAACAUCACCUUCACCUUCAACAAGGAGAUCAUGCCUCGAGUCCAGGGCUUGACUGUGGAAGGAGUAUGUAAGCAGCUGAGGAGCUUAUACGUGGUCAAGAAUUUCUCCUUGGAGCAUUCUGUGUCCAUAACCUGUGACCCCUCAUUCUCAGCCAGCAACGAGAUCCACGUCUGCAUCUCGACUGACGACCACCGCUUGGACGGGAGCCCCGUUAAAAAGAUCACAGAAAGGAUAAUUGACCUGGUUAGCAAGCAUAACGGGAACAACACGAUCAUCUCCGCCAUCGCAGAAGUGCGUGUGCCAAGUCCCAGCAAAACUGAUUACCUAGUGCCCCUUCUCAGCUCCAUUUUCAUUGUCAUCUGGGUCCUCGUGCUGGUCUCCAUUUUGCUGUGGUGCAUGCGCCGGCGGCGGAAACAGAGCAACCACAACGGGACAUCAGCGACCAGCUCAGAAGACAACACAACCAACAACGUCCGGGAGCAGCUUAACCAGAUCAAGAACCCUAUAGAGAAGCACGUGGGCCUCACAGUGGCCAUUAAAGACUAUGAAAAUAAGAACUCCAUCAUUGCCAAAAUAAGGACAAAUCAUCCCGAGGGAGAUGAGGACGACAAGGAGAGGCACUUGCAGAAGGGCCGCUUUGCCAAACAGCCAGCAUACACACUGGUGGAGAGGGACGAGAAGGCGACCAUCUCCAAUCCCAACUCAACAUCCAAGCACGCUAAUUGGACUAACAAACAGGACAAUAGAGACUUGGAGACAGCAAACAGCAUAAACAGGAUGGACUACAUUGUAUAGCAGACAGCUGUGUUGCUGUGCAACCUAGCCUUACACCUUCACACCCAGGUGGUGGGUGAAACUGGGGGAGCUUUGGCAUGUGUAAAUAGUCAUGUCAGUUGUGACCCCCUCCUCCCCCUCAGUAUUUUCAGAUAUUUCCCCGUGCUAAUUUAAGUUUUGACAAGCUGGCUUACACUGGCAGUGACAGUUGCUUUGGUUGGCUGGAAACACAAGGCACUGGUAUACAUUUCACUGUAGAACUAGUUGCAAACGUGUCCUCCUAUGCAUUUCAUUUCCCCGUUUCCUUUUUUUUAGCGGACACAUUUAAGGGGCUCCUGGUGUAAUUGUUGUACAAUGAGUUUAAACUACCCGACGUGUUCAACACUAGAGCUAAUUAUUUUUAGUAUGUGUUUGAAUUUUUUCUAGUUCUAUUUGGAGGAAGUGCUUUUUCAGCUUUAGACUUCAGCAACUGUCAAAUGAGACAAAAAA